CCUACUGUUGUACUCACUGACUAUACAAUGUACACCCCGUGGCUACGCCAGCUAGAGAUACGCUGUGUCUCUCUGGACGUGUGGGAUCAAAUUGAUCCUGAUCAACUCACGCGCCCGAAGUCAAAGCUGCGGUUACUAGCUGUGCCAGAUCUUACGACAUACAAACAGAGAACAACACUUAGCAAC